AGAGAAAGCGAUUUGUCACAAGGAAACGAAGCCACAACGGGUCACUCUCACACUAGUCAGCAGCAGUAACUGAAAUAAUAAUGCCGUUCAUAAAUGUAGAAACCAAUUUACCUGCAAGCAAGUUUCCAGAAGACUUGCUGAAAAGACUCUGUACUACAUUGGCUGCAGCUUUGGGGAAACCGGAAGACAGGAUGAAUCUGGUGGUGAAGACUCAUCAUAUGACCCCUUUAAAUGGGACUUUUGAUCAAGCCAUUGUUUGUGUUAUAAAAUAUAAUGUCCUGAUUUUUUCUCUCUUCUGUGUUCGCUCUUGCAGUAUUUUGAUAUUGUUCUACCCUCUGGAGCCAUGGCAGAUUGGAAAGAAAGGAACAGUGAUGAGUUUCUUAUAAGACUUCACAGUCUUUUAUGUGUGAUUCCUGUUUGGGAUUCAACUAGCCGGACACGCAUUGCUCCUGGAUUAUAGGACCGUUUUGUUCUUAUAGGAAUAAGAAUAUUUCCUGAUUUUCUUGAACAGUAGCCUGUGAUUUAAAAAUAAUCACUUUACUAAAAUAAAUAUAAAAUGCAUUUAGCAUUUUGAUAGGAAAUCAAUAUAUUGGGUUGGAUGUGUCUAUUUUUAGACAAUACGGAAAAUAAGUUGAUGCAUUUAUAUUAUAUAGUUAAUUGUAUGAAUUGCUUAGUGUUAAUCACUUUUCCAGAGAACGUGCCAUAUUCAAUCAAUCAGUUCAUCUGUCAAACACAUCUACGGGUCAAAUCAGACCAUAAUGACCAGCUUACAAAAGCCAUAGAAAUAUCCAUAACCAUGUAGUCAGCUCAGGACAAAAAGUGAGUUUUGAUUUACACAGAUAUCAGUUGCAUUAUAGCACAGAGUAUAAGUGCACACAAAAUGUAUUUUCUCACUAAUUGUCUUUAUCAUCAGCUGUGUUUGUCAAGUACAUGGAUUCAGAAAUUUGCUAAAAAUUAAAUGGAAAAACAAUGAAA